AUGGGCAUUCCGAUGUCCCGACUUAGUGAAAGCAACAUGCAGUUCCACGGAGUCAUCCUAGGGAAGAAGGCGAAAUCACUCGAGCAGAUUUCUUUGGAUUUGGUCUUUGGUGAUUCAAAGAAUUUUCGCAAGGAAAAGUUGACGUUUGAAGUGGUAGAUUUUGACAGUGCCUAUCAUGAUAUUCUGGGCAGACCGGCAUAUGCUUGUUUCAUGGCCCGUCCAUGUUAUGUGUACCUCAAAUUGAAGAUGCCCGGGCCCAAAGGCGUGAUCACGGUCACUCAGAAUAGGCAGAGAGCAGAGGAGUGCCUCCAUAAGGGUUCCAAGAUCGCUGAUGAGCAAAUGGUAGUGGUGGAACUGGAGGAGUACAAGAAGAAUGCUGAUCCAAGUGAUUUGCUCCAUUCCAAGAAGCCUGCUUUUGAGUCCGCAUUUCAGUCGGCUGGCGAGACGAAACCGGUUCACAUCCACCCGGAGGAUCCCACAACUGCUCCGACCCACAUCUCAACAACACUCGACAACAAAUAG